CCGCCCUCUAUCGGCGGCGCCAUAGUGGUGCCUUAAGUGGUGAUAAGAGACAGUGACACAGAAACAGCUGAUUAGCAUGCUAGCUGAUCGGUAAUGACUUAAUACGUUCGUGAAUUUUCCUAAAUUAUUAGAUAGUCGUUCUAUUUAAGCUGACUUUUUAUUUAGCCCAACAUACGCUAUUUCGGACGAUUUGGGUUUUGCGAUUUUAGGCUAAGCGGAACCAGAACGAGCUAACAUUAGUGUAGUCAGAUAUCGUUAGCUAGUUAGCCAGCUCGUAAACAUUGGAGACAAAACAGCACUAAAAAACCUGAUUUAACAUCAAGCUGAAUUAUGGAUCAAAAUUACACCUCGUAUCCUGUAAAACUGUUCGUUUACGACCUGUCUAACGGAAUGGCUCGCCAGCUGAGCCCCCUCAUGCUAGGGAAACAGCUUGAUGGAAUAUGGCACACUGCUAUUGUUGUCCAUGGAGAGGAGUUCUUCUAUGGGGGAGAGGGCAUCGCAAACUGCCCACCUGGUGGGACGUCCCUGGGAGAGCCCAACUCCAUAAUAGACCUGGGCAUCACAGAGGUGACUGAGGAGAUCUUUAUGGAGUACCUGUCUUCACUGGGAGAGUCCACGUACAGGGGGAACCAGUACCAUCUGUUUGAGUGGAACUGUAACACAUUCAGUAAUGAAGUGGCCCAGUUCCUCACCGGCAGCAAGAUCCCCGCCCACAUCACAGACCUGCCGGCUGAAGUGCUCUCCACGCCUUUCGGCCAGGCGCUACGCCCUCUUCUGGACUCCAUCAAUAUUGCACCUCAGGGGGGCAACAACUUCAAUGGACACUAUGGCCAGAGAUAGACCGAUAACACAGGAGCCCAUGAUCAGCUGAAUGUAAAACUAGGGAGCUGCAAGGUUUCUCUCUAGAGCCAGAGCUGUAGCUCUUUCCUGCACAGGGGUGGGUAGGGUGUCCUUUUACCUUCCUAUUAUAAGUAAGUAUUAAGUAAGCUAUUUUAGUGUUUUUAUUAUUAUUACCAUAACAUGACUGCAUUGACAGAGAAGAUGAAAAGGAAAGAGAAACAAACAAUAAUGUUUGAGAUUUUAGCUGAAGACGUGAUAAAACUUCACAGAUUCUGACUUGCACUUGUCUUUAUAUUGUGAACUUGCGUAUUCACAUAUCUUCGUACCAACUUCCAAUUGUCUUGCAUCUAGGUUUAUCCCUUGAAAACAUUGUUGCACACACACUCAAGAUCAUCAAGCAAGACCUCGUGUGACCUGUAUGUGAGAUUUUACAGUAAUACACUGAACAACUGCAUCUUUCCAGAAUUGGUAUACUUAUACCUUUCAAAUGAGCAGGAAUGCACCAUAUCUAGCCAUUUUCUAAGAUUGGAAUGUUGUUGAGGCUCUCUGUACUGUUUUUUGCACUCAGUGUGCAGCCUAAUGUUGGUCCAGCAUAGGAAAUCACUCUCCAUAUCAAGAGUUAUGCCAACCGCCAUUCACCUUUUUCCUGAUAUCAAGUAUCUGUGAUUUUGUUGCCAUUAUUUGUUUGUUUUGAUCUGUUUAUUUAUUUUAAUAUUAUAUACACAAGACUGUCUUUGUAAGUUAAAUAUUUUAAUGUAUUACCUAAUGUCAUUAUGCGCAUACAUAUCGUUAUAACUAUUGUAUUAUCAACAUUAAUAUAUUCCGUAAUUCACAUUUGGGAUUGAGUCAAAGUUGUGAUACCCCAAGAAAUUCCACCCUUACUCUGUCCACAAUUGUGAUGUAAAGAUCCUGUUUCUAUUUUACGAAACUCUUGCCUCUGCUUGAUAAAGACAACUUUUCUCUAA